GAUCGCUCACCGGAAGUCGUAUGCCAAGAGCUUAGCAGUUGGGGAAAGAGGAGGAGCUUUAGGCCUUCGGUGGGUGGUUCUGUGCGAAGCUCCAGUACCCCAGGUCCCGGUGGUUCCGGUGUCUCCCGACUUUGAGAUCCAAGAGUUGAGGAGUUCACACUCACUCUUCCAGCGUACAGGCGCUGCGCGCCUUUUACUCUUGAUUGGCUGCUGGUCCUGGCGCUCUACAGGGGAAGUUUCUUUCAGUACUGCUUAGGCUUUAUUCACUACUUCGUUCUGGGGUGUGUGUGUGUGUGUGUGUGUGUGUGUGUGUGUGUAGUUUUCUGAGGAGGGAUAGUCAUGGAGUGUGUGUGGGGGUGUUUCUGAGGAGGUGGGGGAGUCAUGGAGAAGCCCCCCUGAGACUUUGAGCUAAUUUUGUUACUUGAACUUUACUCAGUUACCUGGUUUGGUUUUCUCGAUCUUUGGUUUUUAAAUUUCUACAGAAAGUUUGUGUGUUUGAGCUACAUUUGAGUUAUAAAGUCGUCGUCGAUCAUUUACCUAGCAAGAGACCUGAUUCGUCCCCUUAAGGUACACAUAAGCAAAAGGGGGCUCUCUCCUUCCAAAAUGAUUUAAUGACUUAUCCUCCACACAAGAAGGUCUGGAGCAGAGUUGGGGCGGGGUCAGUGAGAGUGUGACCGCCCCUUUGAAGUACCUUAGAAACCUUAAAAUGAGAUGCUGUGGGAGUGACACACACCCCAGAGCUGGACUCCUGCAGUCUCUAGCUCAGGCCGAGUAUGAGGAAUGUGCCCUGGAAGCCAGAGUGUUGCUGGCCUGGAGAGUUCUAGAACCGGAAGGGAAGGUCGGGCAGCACUUGCAAUAGAGCCAGGUGCUAGCAUCUGAAACCACCUCCUACUUGGAUGUGACUUCUUCUUCCAUGAGAUGAUGUGGGUAGGUGACUGUCCAGAACCUUCCUCCAGCUAAAGGCAUCCUUCAGGCCUACUGGAUCCACGUCAGUAGCUCUCAACUGGUUGCCUGAUAGGGGCUUCCAGUUGAUUGGUACAAUAAGGACCAAGCUUGAGGCUCUAUCCAGAACCAGUUGGGGGUGAACGAGGACAUUCUGCCACCUCAAGACCCUGGUCAUCCCCAUCUUCUUUCAACUUGAAGCUGGCUUAACAGAGACAUUGAUGGGUCAGUCAGUGCAGAAGAGCUCCCACCUAGGUUCAGGCAAAGUGGUGGCUUUUUUUUUUUAAAUGCCUGUACAGGGUUUUUCACAAUCCCCUACCCCCCACCCCCUCACCCGCACCUGUCAACACCAAAGUCACCUUGCUGUAGAGCCCACAAACUAGGAACCCCAACGUCCCCCUGCGUGAGAAUACAGAACAGAUGUCUCCAUGUGCCUUACAUCAAGCACAUUAUGCGACUGUCCUUUGAUUAAAUGUUUCGGGGGAGGGGUCGGGGGUCGAGGAGGAUGACACCUAUCAGGACUCCCAGACUCAGAUACCAACACUUCUCAACAGGAACACGGGCCCUCGGAGCUCCCGGUGUUCACGCAUGUAGCCGCUGAGCGCGUUCCAAAAGGAGCAAGCGUGUUGUUUCGCCCACUUCAGGAUUGAUACCUGCCAUAUCUUACCCGGUUAAUUGUGGUUUGAAAACACCAGCGCACCACCCAGAGGAGCUGGGAGUGGGUAGAGUCUAGUGAGGUUACUUUCCCUUGCAACCCUCCCCCUCCCUUCCCAAUUUCUUUGAUGAUUUUUCCCAUAAGUGCAUAAGCUGCAGGGCCUUAGUAGAAGCGGGCCCUGCUCCUCCUAAAUGUGAUUCGGACCAUAUGCUUUCUACAUUCAUUCCCGCACGGGCUUUUCUUCUCUGAACUAACUGCUAACACGUUAUAGUCACCUUGAAAUUUCCUCUGCUAUUUUCCAAUUAAAGGCUUAAUAGCCCUGGAAACGGAGUUCAUGUGGUGAAGUUUACCAUAGCCCCUUGUUCUGAAAGGCUUUCUGCUGGGAUCCCAUUAUGUGCUUGAAUAAACCCUUUCUGCAAACAGAAAUGGGACUCGGGGUUGUCAGGUGUUGGGUUACAAUAGACUUUGAGGCAGGGGACAUUUUACCAACAUAAAUACAAACCUGUCCCUAUAGGGAGAUGUUGUCAAAUACUGGGAUAUGGAAAACAUUCCCAUCAAAUAUGAGAAAAGGAUUAUCGCGCUAUAUCAAAUGAGUAUUUAGAUCUCAGCCCUCGAUGUGCACUGGAGUGAAACGGGGCCCAGUACCAAAUAAUACCAGUGUGUGUGAGUGGCACUGGGAUAGGGUGGCUAGGUGACCCAGGAAGGAAAGGGGAUUGCUUUGAGAAUGAAAAUGUCCCCUUAAAACCCGAUGUAGAGCUCCGCUACUCUCCUUCCUCACGGAAACUAGUUACUCUUAUUUUCCUGAUCCGUUUCGCUGACCAUUUACGGAGAAAUUCGGCUUUGAUAAAAGUCCGUGGUCCUCGUCUUUCUUAGACGCACAGAUUUCAGAGCGAAACAGUAUUAAGUCCCCAGAUUCCUGCCAUUCGCUGAUCAUGAAAAGUAACUCCUGUAGGCACCUUUUCUCCCCUGUGUCAGGCCCAAUGAUCCAUGUGUGACUCUUGUGUCCCCUCUCCACAAUUUACAAAAGUCCUACUAGCUGUAGAGUGAGGAACUUGUUUUCUUGUCGAAAGGUGGGAAGGGGCCGGAUUAGAAGGGUAGGGGAAAGGGUAAAAACCAGGGGUACUGGUUCCGUGACGCUUUUGGGACAGUUUCUCCGAAAUAGCAUUCGUGUGCAAAAGGUUCCUCCCCAGUCCCAGCCGGUCAGCCCGGAACAACUACCAACUCCUCCGGCCCGCACCUGAAACCCGAGUAGCUAAGGGCAUCGAGGGUAAAAAAGGUUCGAAGCUAUAUUUAUAUUCCUCAUUCAAAGCUCUCUCCCGGUUUCAAAUCCCUUUUCCGGGCAGAGAGCUUGCUGUUUGAACUCGCAACGGUGCAGUCCUAGAAUUCACAGCAAUCCCAGACCGCCCGGUGCUCUCUUCCAUGGCUGGCUGUAGGGCUGGGCACUGGAAGGCGACCUUCAGAAAGGGACUGUGGCCUCUGUGCAGUUCAGGAGUCAGGUACUGCAGCAGACCCGUUUACCCUAACUUUCACCCACACAGUAAAAAGCGGAACGCACGUUCCCAGGGGCCACUAACAGACUAUCCGAGACUUCCGUCGUCUCCUUCAUACUGAGAUGGUAAAGCGGUCCUGAGCCUACAUUAUGCCUGGAUUUUUGUUCGGUUGUUUUCUUGGUUAGGUGAAAGAAGGCAGCCUUCUCUACGCGUACGUAGUGGUACCGGACAUUGGACAAACCAAUACUGAAAACAAGCAAGGAAUAUAAACGAAGUUUAUGCUGUAAAGAAACAAAAAGGCUUAUCCAGUCUAAUGUUAUACACGAGACUCUUCCCACCGUCACGUAAAGAUUAUUAUGAGGAGGGUCUAUUCCUUAUUCUUAAGUAAAACACAGCGUCUGUGGGGAUUUGGGCUAGGCAAUUCCGGAUCUUGGCUGGUUCAAUGACCGUUGCGGGAACAAAUGCCGGGUAACUUUGGGGGGCCACUAAUGUGUCUUCUGCCUACACUCUCAGAAAGUUUAAACAGUGCUUAAGGAAAACAUCCAAGAGAACACUUCCCGGACCUUUCAAGGAAGAGGCUGUUUAUUUUAAAGACAGAAGGAGGUGGUGACUGUUCCGGUUCUUGAAACUCGGUCCUCCCGGGGCCGACCUGCGGUGUACCCUCAAUUCCCUCGCAAGCUCCGAAUUGCUGAGGCCAAGGGUGGGAGUGAAAGCGGUCUUGUGCUUAGUGCUUUGAGACCAGUCCUGGAGCGACGUGAGAGGCUGCCCUGAGAGCCUCGGCGUGGGAGGACCAGCGGGUGGAGUUUGCUCCGGGGAGAGCGGCGAGCAGAGAGGCGGCGCGCGUGGGGACCCGCGGGCUGAGAGCACCAUCGGAGCGGAGGAGACUGCAGCCGUACCUCCGGCUGCUGCCGACCUUCCCGGGCCUCCGAGCUCCGCGCUCCAGCUCCCGCCGUCGACCAGGGGGAGCCCUGGGCAUGAACGGCUACGGCUCCCCCUACCUGUACAUGGGCGGCCCGGUGUCGCAGCCGCCGCGGGCGCCCUUGCAGCGGACGCCCAAGUGCGCGCGCUGCCGGAACCACGGGGUGCUAUCCUGGCUUAAGGGCCACAAGCGCUACUGUCGCUUCAAGGACUGCACCUGCGAGAAGUGCAUCCUGAUCAUCGAGCGGCAGCGGGUGAUGGCGGCGCAGGUGGCGCUGCGGCGGCAGCAGGCCAACGAGAGCCUGGAGAGCCUCAUCCCGGACUCGCUGCGGGCUCUGCCAGGGCCUCCGCCGCCGGGGGACGCCGCGGCCACCGCCGCCACCGCCUCGCAGUCGUCCCCAGCCUCCCAGGCGUCCCAGCCGCCGGCGCCGCCUCGUCCCGCCACCGAGUUGGCCGCGGCCGCUGCGCUGCGCUGGGUCGCCGAGCCCCAGCCCGGGACGCUGCCAGCGCAGAUUGCUAAGCCAGAUUUGACUGAAGACCGACUUGGGGACAGCAGUUCAGCAGACAAUGCUGCGGAGUCCUUCAGUGACAAAGACACCGACCAGAGGAGCUCCCCAGAUGUGGUCAAAAGCAAGAACUGCUUCACUCCGGAGAGCCCCGAGAUCGUGUCCGUGGAUGAAGGUGGGUACGCCGUGCAGAAAAACGGGGGCAACCCGGAGAGCUGCCCUGACAGCCCCAAGUACCACGCUGAGCAGAGCCAUCUCCUGAUCGAGGGCCCGUCAGGGACCGUCUCUCUGCCCUUCAGCUUGAAAGCCAACCGGCCACCCCUGGAAGUGUUGAAGAAAAUCUUUCCCAACCAGAAGCCCACUGUACUGGAGCUCAUCCUGAAAGGCUGCGGGGGCGACCUGGUCAGUGCCGUGGAGGUCCUGCUGUCCAGUCGGUCCUCCGCGGCUGGGGCGGAGCGGACGGCCGAAGAGAGCCUGGUGCUGCCCUCCAGCGGCCAUAUCUUUGAACACACGCUGGGCUCCUACCCUAUCUCUUCCUCCAAGUGGUCCGUGGGCUCUGCCUUCCGAGUCCCUGACACCUUACGCUUUUCCGCGGACUCCAGCAACGUGGUCCCCAACCCCUUGGCCGUGCCCCUGCAACAUCCUUUCCCCCAGCCACCCCGGUAUCCGCUGAUGCUGAGGAAUACUUUGGCCAGAAACCAGUCGAGCCCCUUUUUGCCCAAUGACGUCACCCUGUGGAAUACCAUGACACUGCAGCAGCAGUACCAGCUGAGGUCCCAGUAUGUCAGUCCAUUUCCCAGUAACUCCACUAGCGUCUUCCGGAGCUCGCCCGUGCUCUCCUCUCGCACCACAGAAGACCCUCGGAUCUCUAUCCCCGACGAUGGGUGUCCAAUCGUGGCAAAGCAGUCCAUUUACACAGAGGAUGACUAUGAUGAGAGGUCCGACUCCUCGGAUUCUAGAAUACUCAACACGUCAUCCUAAAGUGUACCUGUGGGUGGUGACUGGGUGACAUUUUGUGUGUGCUGGACCUCUCCCCCCCGCCCCCGCCCCAGGGAGAGUCCACUAAUACUGUAUACUCUUUCUUCCUGUUUGACAAAGUGACUGUGCUUGGUAGUCUUAUACAUUAGCAAUAAAAACAUAACUUAUUUAAUUUCCUGCACUUCACUGGAAAAUGCCAAAUAGCUCUGCUCUGUGGAUUUAGUGCUGAAUGUUGUAAAUGAGUUUAAAGCUGAGGACUGCCUGGGGAGGCCGGGCCAGUGGGGGAUUUAAUUGGGGGUGGGGGUCAGCUUUACUCCUAAGUUCAACCUGGAAUGUUCCGUGAAAUAGUAUACUUGAAUGCCAUUUUGUAAAAGAGGAUUCCUCAGGAUACCGGAAACCUUAGGGAGUGGCUCUAUUGCCAGCCGACAAAGAGUAGGGACACUCAUGUUACUCCCGUUCUAAAGAGAGACUGCACUCAGGCUAGCUCGGACGGCACAGGCUCAUAUUUAAGCUCGGACAGUUUUCAGAGACAAACUCCAUUAAGAAUCAUUCUUUUCACGUGGCCGAAUCGAAACAUGUGUAAUGUCAGUAUAAAGCCAACCCCAGCUGUGAACUGCAUGAAACGUGUCGCCGCGGAAACGAACACAAGAUUAAGCUUUGUCAGGUUAAUGUAGCAUGCUAAGUAAGGACUCUAGAAAAAUAAACUAAGGACAUGAUCUUGGUUGAUGUCUUCUCUGCUUGAUGGAAGGAAGAUCUCCCUACUAAUGCCUGGGUCCAAAACCGAGAUACCGUUCAAUGGGGACAUGUCUUAAACUGGGCAUUUCCUGUACUGGCGGGGCCUGGGUUCGGCAGGUGUGGUCUCUGGUUCACUCCCUCGCACUCCAAACUGAACACUGGCAGCAAAACACAGUGAAAAUGGGAAACUACUAACAGGAUACAACUGAAUGAGAGAAAGAAGCAAAGUGUGUCCAGUAGAGACCUGACACGAAACCCAUUGGGUACAUGAAGUGUGUGAACACUGUCGCCCUGGCAGUCCAGCAGUCUAAGCGUCACAUUCAGAAUAUAGGCGUCAGUUCCCCAUUUCCAUUUGGAUGACUCUAGUAUAAGGCAAAGCAUUCGGGGCUUCCCCCACUCCCAUUCCCCACCCCCGCCCUGCUUCUCUGGGAAAGCAUUCUUGGGCUGGCCAUACUAUAACUUACUGUUCCUGUUCUCCGGAAUGCUUGAGAGGGGGUGAUGACUGCUUAGGUGAGACCAUCACACCUUAUGAAUCUAAAAGGGAAAGAGAACAGUCAGAACAGAAGGGCGUCCACAUGAGGAGAUGUAGGGAGCACCCCUCAACAAGUGUCAGCUUUGAGGGGCUCUUGUGUGGUGGGAGAAGGAUCACAGCUCACCCUGAGACUCCUUCAAGCCCAGAAUGGCUCUGGAGGAAGGGUCUUAUUCAAAAGAAGAAUCUCAUCUUUGUUUCCGCACGGUGCCUCUGGGAUGGGCAAUCUUGAGAAAGAUUUCUUUGUGAUGCUUGGACUAUUAAUGUAUUUUGCGUGGACAUAGUUAACAUACCAGAGUGCUUGGAAGUAAAUACCAUUUUGGUGUUGAGGCUCUGUGUAAACGUUGGUGCUUCCAGAAAAGCGAAAGAGAAUAACUUGCCCUUUGAACUUAAAGAUGUGACAUGGCCCUGGUGUCUAGUGUCUGAGUCCACCCAGGGCAAAUGCAUUUUAAAAGACAUUUGAAUUCUCCUGGUUUUCCUACCUUUGUUUAACAAGUGGUGUCGAUGAUAUGUUUGAACCAAGCUGUUACGAAGUCUGCCUAUAGAUGUUACUUCAGGGUGAAUGGUCCCCAAAGGACCGAGAAUUGGUUGACAUGGGUCAUCAAUGUCUUAGACUUCUUAUGGAGGACGGCAAAACAGAAAUAUCCGUGAGACAGUUUACUUGUGUGCUGGUGAGGGUCUGGUCCCUCCCCACACCCUAUGUUACCUUUCGAAGAAAGAAAUAUUUUGGUGAGAUAAGAGAGGGCUGGGCUCUUGAGUGAGAGUGGGUUCCUAGGUUCCUAUAUCCGGUUCCCUCUGCAUUCCUAGUAGUCAAGCCCCUCUGGUUAAAGAGGUACAACUUCUCAGAUUCUGACCCAAGAUCAUCCUGUUAUAUCACAUAGAGCUCAAGUGAGCUGGGUAUACCUGACCAUAAGUACUCAGCGUCUCUUCCCCAUGCAGGUAAACAUCUGGAUAUUGUGGUCAGGGGGAAAUCACCUCUUCCAGAAGAAUUCCAACCAUCACAUAGCAACUGGGUGCUUGGCUGUGGACUUGGCGAUAUUCACUCUUUGACCUGGAAGCUCGUCCGGUCUGAUUAGAAGUUGAUUCACAUUGAACUUCAGUCUCUCUGUUCCCUUCUGGUGAGGUUCUGUCUACUCCCAAUUUUAGUUAAAUGCUUCUUUCAUCUAAUUUGUCG